AUCUCGCAGUAGACUGGUUGUGUGCAUUUCCUGUUUCAUUAGUGAUCGCAGUGGGAUACGCAAAGCCUUGCGCAAGGUGUCGAUCUGAGUGAUACUGACUGAUAACAUAGAUCCAUUCCAAUGUCUGCGAGGCGAGUUAUCAACAGUCGCAUGGGGCGUCAGCAAGGUCAAGGCGGUGGCUGUAGUAGUGUCCAUGGUCAGCAUGGUGGCAAUGUGCACUACAUACCUCUCUAUCAAGAUACUGUCACUAGAAAACGGGAGGAGAGAAUGAUACGUGAAGCUCACCGAAGGGACAAGAAAAUGAAUUCAUAUCUAGAGGAAGAUGAGAACUAUCCAAGUUUUAAAAAUCAGCUAGCAAAGAUCGGUCUCGAACUUAGAGACAUCCCGGGAGAUGGGAACUGCUUGUUUCGCGCCCUGGGUGACCAGUUUGAAGGUCAUGUCCGGAACCAUUUCCGUCACCGGCAGGACGUGGUACGCUUCAUGGUGGACAACAAGGCAGACUUUGAACCCUUCCUGGUGGAUGAGGACACAUCCUUUGAACAGCACUUAUGGCAGCUGCAGAAGAUGGGCACAUAUGCAGGCAAUGAUGCCAUAGUGGCCUUCUCUAGACUGCACAAACUAAACAUCAUCAUACAUCAACUGAACUCUCCCUUCCUCCUGAUACAGGGACCAGACAGCUGUUCAUCAACCACACGUCAGCUGCACAUCGCCUACCACAAUGGAGACCACUACUCCAGCGUACGAAGAGUGGGAGACAACACUGAAUCACCCACCAAUAUCAGACUUAAGCUAGGAGAGAGUGAGAAGCCAACUGGUUUCCCAGAAUUCCCAGGCCAUGAUGAUGGGGUGGUGAGGGCUGUCCGUGAUACUGUGAGACUGGUUGAGGAGGUUGUCACAGCCACGGGCUGUCCAGACCGAGACCACGUGCUGCAGUGCCUAGCAGACUGUGACUAUGAUGUGGAUGCCACAGUGGCCUAUCUACUACAGGCAUUGGAAACUAUGAAUGGUUUGAUAGAUGACUCAACCUCACUGGGGUCCCAGAUGACCUCCACAGACAGUGGGAUCUGGUCAGAGGACGGGAGCUCCCCACCGCGGGGCACAGGCCCCACCCACAGCAGGCAGGCCAGUCUGGGGGGCAGCUCAGGAUAUGGCUCACAUGACCACCCCUCUGCGGCUAGAAUGAAAGGCUUCAUCCAGCCAGCUGAUAAAGAGAAGGUGUCCAAGAUGAAGCUGACCAGUAAGCAGUCCAAGAAACAGAAGAAGUUGGAGAAGAAGCAGAGAGCAGAGGAGAAACAUAAGAUGAAGGUGCUAGGACUGCAGCCACGUAUCCCUGACGACGAGGAUCAGGUCAUCACCAUAGUAACCAGGGAUCUGCAGAUGGCCAGGAUAUGAGUGAAGGUCACACUAUUGUGACUAGUGACAUGAAGAUGGUCAUGAUAUCCAUGCAUACUUUAGCACAUGUUGAACAUGUUCUUGAUAAUUAGGUUUGUUUUAUGCCAUUUCAACAUUCCAUUGCUGUAAGGAUAUAUAUCUGAUAUGUCAUUCAAUGCUUUGUUACUCACUAGGUAGGUGAUAUGCUAUUUUACUACACGAUAGUCAACAUGUUUUGUAAUGAAUGCAAAGGUUGUUCAAUAGGAUGAAAUUGAUGUGCGCUAGCCAACAUCCCAGUUUGGCAUUUUUAGCUCAUCUAUUUUUUGAAAAAAAAAUAUGAGCUAUUGUCAUCACCUUUGCGUCGGCGUCAGCGUCGGCGUCAGCGUCCGGUUAAGUUUUGUGUUUAGGUCCACUUUUCUCAUAAAGCAUCAAAAUUAUUGCAUUCAAACUUGGUACACUUACUUACUAUCAUGAGGGGACUGGGCAGGCAAAGUUAGAUAACUCUGGUGUGCAUUUUGACAGAAUUAUGUGCCCUUUUUAUACUUAGAAAAUUGAAAAUUUCGUUAAGUUUUGUGUUUAGGUCCACUUUAUUCCUAAAGUAUCAAAGCUAUUGCUUUCAUACUUGCGACAUUUACUAACUAUCAUAAGGGGACUGUGCAGGCAAAGUUAUGUAACUCUGACUGGCAUUUUGACAGAAUUAUGGCCCCUUUUUACUUAAAAAAUUGAAAAUUUCAUUAAGUUUUAUGUUUUGGGCCGCUUUACUCCUAAAGUAUCAUCGCUUUUGCUUUCAGACUUGGAACACUCACAAACUAUCAUAAGGGGACUUUACGGAACCAGUUGCAUAAAUCUUGCAUAAAUCUGGUUGGCAUUUUGACGGAAUUAUGGCCCUUUUUUGACGCAGUAACUUUGAAUAUAUGGUUAAAUUUUGUGUUUACAUCCACUUUACUUCUAAAGCAUCAAGGCUAUUGCUUUUAAACUUCAAAAACGUUCAUACUAUCAUGAGGGUACUGUACCUGGCCAGUUGAAUUUUACCUUGACCUUUGAAUGACCUUGAUUCUCAAGGUCAAAUUAUUAAAUUUUGCAAAAAUUGCCAUGACUUUGUUAUUUAUGAUCAGAUUUGAUUGAUACUUUGACAAAACAACUCUUACAUGACAUACUACAAUAGACUCCACCCAAACCAUCCCCCCCCAAGAAAAACAUUUUUUUUCAUUUUUUUUUCAAAGAUCAUCUUAUAAAUGACCACACCCUCACACUAUACCCCGACCCCAACCAUCCACCGCCCGAUUUUUUUUUUGAAACAUGGUUAAAAAACAAAAAUAUAUAUUUUUAUUAUUUUAUUUUGAAAGACCGUCCAACUAUCCCACCCUAGAAUCCCCCCCCCCCCAAAAAAAAAAAUAUUUGUAUUUUGUUUUUGCAUUUUUAUUCCUUAUUUUUGGGAGAUAAUGUAAUAAAUGACCGACCACGCCCCCACACUUUACACCCCUCUCCACCCCACCCAUCCAUCUUUUUUAUUGAAGUAUUGAGAUAGUUUCCUUCACCUUUAAAACGAAAAAUAGAUGAGCGGUCUGCACCAGCAAGGCGGUGCUCUUGUUCAAAUAUGUUUCUGUGCAAUUCAAAAUAAAUGUAUAGUGUUGUUAAAUAAACAGAGGGUAGUUAUUGUAAAUAUUUAUUGCAUAAUAUUGAUAUUAGUAGUCUAUGUGAUAUUGCUGUUUGUACGAGAAAAAUACUCACCAAAAUGUGAUAUUGUAUAUAUCUGUAGCUUAAACAUGAGCUGUAGUUAUCUGUCCACGUGUUUCUGGGUAUCAUGUAUCCAAUAUUAGACCAUUGAGGAAAACAAUUCUAAAUUAUGAGUGAAUUAGUUUUCAAAUAAACUAUCAUAUUUUUUACUUUACGCUUCAAAUUAUUAUUUAUUUUGUUCAACUUUCAAACCAACUUACAAAAAAAGCAAACCAAAACUGAUAUUGAAUUGCUGUUAUAUAUCAACUAUUUUUGCAACAAUUAUACUUUAUGUUAUUUGUUUUACUGUUGCCCAUUUCACUGCUCAUGCAUAUUAUGCAGAUGCUAAUCUUUGUUGGUAAUUUACACAAUCUUUAUUGAAGUGUAACCAAAUCCUAAACCAGUUUCAGUGAGACUACUGGUUAUUCAGUCUUUAUAGUAAGAGUGUUGAGGUGAUUGGGUAGAUGAUGGUUGUAACUAAACUAAUGUAUAUAGUGUUUGUGAUUCAUUACAUCAUCAGGUCCCCAUUUCUACAUAUAGUCUGCUAUGAAGACUUAUGUUCCUACUUAUUUAUACAUUUUUGUUGGUUAUUGUUGCAUGUUCAGUACCUACUUUUUGUUCUCUUUGUGAAAAAUAGUUUUUUUGAAAUGAUAAUAUUAAAAGUUUACUAGAGGAUGUAAUAUUUCAUUCAUUCUGCAUUGUUUAAGAGACAGUAAACCAGGUAGGAAUAGGCAGUAAUUUAUAGAAAGUAAUAAUUUUUAAUUUCAAUAUAUUUGCUUACAAUUUCAAUGUUCUCAUUAUUCAAUUAAAUGUUUUAUUUGUGUAACUUAGAUUCACUUAAUUUCAAAAUAUGCUGACUUGUUAAACAGUUUUCAGUUUGCAACACUUAAUUGAUGCUGAAAACUUUUGAGAGGGACUAGUUCAUUUAGUCCCAGAGUUGUUACACUUAUAUAUUUGUAAGUAUUGUUCAAAGAAUAUCUAUACACUUUUAUAUUCUAUUUACAUAAUAAAUCUAGAACUUAA